AUGCUUCACUCAGGAUCAAAGAUUGCAAAGCCAACCGGAGUGUACUUCAGGACUUGCGGAAUUGGCGGUAUAAUGUUAGUAGUCAUGGCUCCAAUCUUUGCCCCUCCCAACACGAUCAAGAGUGUUGUUAGUAGAUCUUUUGCUUACGGAGUAGUCAGUGUUGUUGUUGAUGCAUUGCAACAAGACUUCGGUAGACUGGCCAAGACUUCACGUGAGUGCUGCGCCAAGAAGAGACAUAUCGUUGUCAGUGAGCGGACUAUGGGUGACCCCGCCAUCGAAAUCGAAUGCCGUCUUGCCGUCUCUUACGAUUCUACCAAUCCAAGACCUGAACAAUUGGGAAACCCGUACUCUUUUGACGCUCGACGAGGAGCGGGCCCCUUUGAGCCUUGGCCUACAGCAGAACUGCUUGGCGAGCCACUAACACUAUGGCCUGCGAGACACCGGCUGAAGUCCAGCUGCACGUAUCAGAGACAGUUGGGCACAUAG